UCUUAAAUCAUUGUUCUUGUCACUUUAUUAUGAAUAAAAAAAAAAUACAAUCACUAUUAAUCAUAAAAUCGUGAAAAUCAAUUAUACAGAAGAUCAUUAGCCUCAUUAUUUUACAACCAUUUUAUCUGACACCACAUCACCAUACACUAUGAGUUUGACAUCAAACUCUUAAAUCAUUGUUCUCGUCAUUUUUAUUAUAAUCCUCGUCAACAAGAUAUCAAUAAACAUAGUAAACGUAAAAACGUAUAUACUGUUGUAUUAGGUAGAACUGUUACUCGCGAUUUCGAAAAAGUUUGAAAUCAAAGCCAAAGCAGGAAAAGGGUCCCUUUCCAGCCCACGCAUAUGCCGCCGUGGAAACCCCAAUUUUUUACAAUAACCAAAAACACCAAACGAGAUCUUCGCACUAAAACAAACAUUAAAAAUUGUGAAGUGUUCAAGAAAUACAGAUAACUUCACCAUCAUAUUAUAGUAAUUACUUUGGCAAUUUGGGUUGGAGGUUCUUCCUUCCUAGCAAUAGCUAGAAUCUGCUCAUCUUUAGCUGCAAAUUUGUCUUUCACCAUAAGUACCCAGAAAACUCCCUUGUCUCCUCCACCCAUUCCCUCCCAAAGUCCUACCUUGCCCUCACUCUCUACCUACUUAGAUUUCUCCACGACAAUUACAAAACCAAACAAAGAAGCCAAACAAAAGUGUCUCGAAUAGUUUUUAUCUCUAUUAUUGUUACCAAGCUUUCCCAUCUCAUCCAUCUUUCUUUCAGAAACUGGCACUGAUAUUCCAACCUUUGUUCUUUCCCUCGAUCUUUCUCUCCUCUCAAACACCUACCAAAAUUCAUCUCAUUUCGCGAACUAUUUUGCCCUCUUUAUCGAUCAUCAUCGUCAUCUGCAGAAGAUGAUGCAGAGAUGCUUAUGCUGCGUCUUUCCUGAAAGCAGACGGCCCGAUGGUAAUAAUAAUCUCAGGUUAGUGGGUGGUGGAAAGGAUUACCCUUGGGAUAUAUACUCCCUGAAGGAGCUUCUCUACGCCACCAACAGUUUCCACAAUGAUAACAAGAUCGGGGAAGGUGGGUUUGGCAGCGUUUAUUGGGGCAGGACUAGUAAAGGCGUCGAGAUAGCAGUGAAGCGGCUGAAGGCGAUGACGGCGAAGGCAGAGAUGGAGUUUGCGGUGGAAGUGGAGAUACUGGGGAGGGUGAGGCACAAGAACCUGCUGGGCCUGAGAGGGUUUUACGCCGGCGGCGACGAGAGGCUGAUCGUGUACGACUACAUGCCUAAUCACAGCUUGAUCACCCACCUCCACGGCCCGCUCGCCGCCGAGUGCUUGCUCGAUUGGUCCACGAGAAUGAGCAUAGCCAUCGGCUCAGCUGAAGGCCUAGCGUACUUGCACCAUGAAGCGAGCCCACAUAUAAUCCACAGGGACAUAAAAGCUAGCAAUGUCCUCCUCGACGUCAACUUCCAAGCCAAAGUCGCCGACUUCGGAUUCGCCAAGCUAAUCCCUGAUGGGGUAACCCACAUGACUACCCGAGUCAAAGGCACACUUGGUUACCUAGCUCCCGAGUAUGCCAUGUGGGGAAAAGUCUCGGACAGCUGUGACGUAUACAGCUUUGGCAUCCUCCUCCUUGAGCUCAUCAGUGCCAAACGACCUUUGGAAAAACUUCCCGGUGGGAUCAAGCGUGACAUCAUCCAGUGGGUCACCCCUUACAUCCAGAAAGGUGCCAUCGACCACAUAGCAGAUCCAAGACUGAAAGGCAAGUUUGACCGGUCGCAAUUGAAGUUGGCAGUUAUGGUUGCAAUCCGGUGCACCGAUGCCAACCCAGAGAACCGACCCAUUAUGACAGAAGUAGUUGAGUGGCUUAAAGGAAACUUGGCUGGGAGACGUCCCAAGCAGGUUUCCCACGUGGAAGAUGACAUGGACGAGGAGGAUGAUGAAGAUGAUGAGACCGAUGAUACAGAUGAUACUAUGGAGUCACAUAAGCUCAGGGUUGAACAAUCGUUCGAUCGAAGGAAUCGUGCUGCUAAUUCCAAAGCUAGAUAAAUCUUCAUAUUCUGUCAUGAAUUAUAAAUAUAUGAUUAAUCAAUGGUGGCCGGCUUCCUAGGCUUGUGUUUAAUUAGGGGAAUUCAACUAUGAUUAUAAUCAGUUCCUCUUUUUUAAUGAAAUUUAUGAGUUUCU